AUGGCACGGGUGGGAGAAGGAGACCCUCGGUGGAUAGUGGAUGAUCGUAAGGAUGGCCAUAAUGUUAACGCAUGGCACUGGGAGGAGCGUGAUCUUUCAAGCGAGUGUCACGAGGAACUUAAGCGACGCCUAAAGAAUGUUACACUUGUAAAGGAAGCCGACCUCGAACUGCGUGUCGAUGAAUUGAGUGAGGUCAGCGGGGACGUGACAGUGGCGCAACGAAAGGGAAAGAUGAUGUGUUACUUUGAGCUUAAACUAACUCUGAAGUGGUCGGCUGGGGACGAUGUCACUGGAAAGAUUACAAUACCAGAGAUUGAUCACGACAACUUCCGCAAUGAAUACGAAGUUACUAUCAGUGUUACUGAGAAUGACGCGGCGUCGCAGAGGGCGGAUGCAUUAAUGCGGUCUAAAGGACGUGCCCCCGUCAGAAAUGUCAUUAUGAAGUACUUUGAAGAGCUCUUUGAGAUUUACCAGAUUGGUAAAAGCCUAAAGAAUGCCUCAUCUUUGCCCCCGCCAACCAAAAGGAACGAGAUUACUCCCGUUGGGGGCAGUGCAAAGAGUGGUAAUGCGGGGACAGCUUCCGAGGACUCGGCGCCGACGAGUUUUUCGUGGAAGAUGCGCUGGCGUAUUCCUGUUGAGGAACUUUUUACGGUUCUUAUGAAUGAGCAGCGCGCCUCAGUGUACACGCGAGCCCAAGCGAAGAUUGAUCCCCGCUCUGGUGGAGCCUUUGAGUUGCUUGGAGGCGUCAUCAGUGGUUUCUUUGUUGAGGUGGUGCCGAAUGCGACGAUAAAGAUGCAGUGGCGGCUCCGUAGCUGGCCAUCCGGUGUCCACAGUUCUGUGGUGAUGGUGCUGAAAAAAGAAGAAAGUGGCGUGUCGACACUUGAAGUUGCACAAGUUGGCAUUCCUGAGGGCGAGUUGCAGGUUGUUCAGGAGGGAUGGAAGGCCAAUUUCUUCGAUGCCAUUAAAAUGGUCUUUGGUUAUUCCAUGGAGUAUAUUUGA